AUGGAGAAAAUAAACGAAACGACAAAGGAAAACAUAGAAAAAUCGCAGGAGAAGCAGAAGACGACGUGUGAGAAGAAGGUGUUGAAGAAAAACAAGAAUGUGGUGUACAGUGUUGGCGAUGAGGUCCUUCUUUAUAAUAUGAGGAAGCGUGGUAGGAAAGGAGGAAGGAUAGAGCCGGGCUUCUCUGGUCCUUAUAUUAUCAAGGAUUUGUGUGGCAAGGUGGUGAAAUUGGAGAAUUCGUGCGGAGUUACUCUAAAGAAAAAGAUCAGCAUCGACCACAUCAAGCCAUACAGGAGAAGUGAGGAAAACAAAGCCCACAGCCAGAAAGGUGAUGUCGAAUUGCCUAAAGAAAUCAUCACCUGCGUGCCCUCCAUACCACCAAGGACCUCUGUCAUCUGUUUUGCUGCACCGGAAAAGGAGGUACGACCAAAUUUACUACCCGACUAUAAUUUAUUAUUUUUCUAUUGUGCAUAUAGCGAGCCUUGUUGUUUUUCUUCAUCCUACUCUUCAUUUAUGUAGUAGUUUUAUUUUAAAUGAAUGUUAAAUGUAAGUGAUUAACAUUAAUCAUGAAUUUCUUUUCACAAGUCAUCUGCAUCUUUGAUUGUCAUGCAAAGCAUAGAAGACAGAGGUAGCAGUUACGGUGGGUUUUUUUUUUUUUUUUGGAGGGGGAGUUUGACCCUGUUGGUCAUUUUUUUGGCCAUGCCCUGUUGGUCUGGUCUUUCACUCUGUUGCCAUUCUGGCACUUUUUAAUUUAUUUUUUUUGGUACAGUUGCCACUGUUUGGCAUCGUGUUAUAUGCAGUUCUCAUUAUUAGCCAUACAUGUUUUAUAUUCUACCAAAGAACCGAUACAGGUUGAGUUAUCCCCUUGUCAGAAUUGCCUCUUAACAUAAGUGAAUUGAAUUUAGCAAGCUUAGCAUAUUGGAUUUUUCUAGCAGAUUGGAUGUUAUAUUGGGAUACUGCUUUAAACAUAAAACAAAUUAUUAAUGUUAAGAUAAGGCAUACUCAACCUGUAUUAGCUUUGGCUCAAGAAUGUACAGUUACAUACCUGGAGUUAAAUUUUCGUGUUAUGUGUGUGUGUAUAUAUAUAUGUGUAAAUUGUUUUUCUUUUUUCUUUUUUUCUCUUUUUUUUAAUAGUUAAAAGCCUGUGGGAAGCUGAAGAUGAUGGAUCUGUGGAAGCAGUUGUUGGGCCAUACAAGCUGUAUGUUUCUUCGUUCCGUACACUGCAUGGCAAUAACUGGCUGGUUGAUGAGGUAAGAAAAUAAAGUGUUAUUAGUCUAAAGCUAAAAUCUAAAAAAAAUAUUUUUAAUAUUUGAUUUUGAUUUUUAUGCAGGUGAUUGAUGCAUACAUUCAUCAUCUGAUUCUGAAGCAUCAGGCAAGUGUUAAUUAUGUUUAUUUAUGGGUUAUGUUGGUUGCUUUAUUAUUUGGCAUUAUAAUUUUCCAUCUAUUGAAACAGGAACCUGUUCGACAGUUUGAUCCGGUACUGUCAUCUGUAUUAUUUUAUGGUGCAAUUGAAAAUCUUGGAAAGGUUAGUGACUUGUUAGAAUUAUAUUUUUAUAUAUUAAAUAUAGCGAUUUAUAAUUGAUUACCGAUUUGGUUUUCUACCUUUUCCUUCAGAUGAAGUUUCCAGUCGAAGAUCUUUGGUUAUGCCCUGUAAACGUUGGAGCUCACUGGAUUUUAUUGGUAUUUAUUAUUCAAAUAAUUUCCCUUUAUUUACUUAUGUUGCCAUGCACUAUUAUAUUCUAUGUCUAUUCUAUGUAAAUAUAUUUAACUACAAUCCUAUGACACAACAAUGCUCAUUUGCUCUAUAUAGUGUUGGCAGACUGUAGGUGGUAUACAGUAGAAUUAUAUAUUAGUGCCAUACUGUAUGUAAUGGUUAACAAAUAUUGCGUAUAGUAUUGCUGUCACAAACACAUAUUGUUCGAAGGCUUAAAACUCAUAAGUGAAGGUGAUCUCUGGCAUUCUCAUUCCGAUAUCCCAAUAAAAUUGAUGUGAAGCGAGGGCAAAAAAGAUACAUAGAGUAGAUCCUAAUGGUAAAGAGAACAUUUAUUUUAAAACUUACAAUCAUUUAAAAAAUACAGGCUUAUCACCAACUCUGUUGAAUAAUCCACCAUAGAAAAAUCAGGCUGGAACUGGAAUUGUUAAAAAAAAUUAAAACAACUCAUUAUACAUUCAUAGGCGUUUCGUCCAGUCAUAUGGACUUCAUCAGGGUCAAUGACAAACAAUCAGUUAUAUAAUCUGUUUACUGAUGAUCAAUGAUAUUUAAAUGACAAUUUCUUCUGUUGUGUCGUUUAUUGAUCACACUGUAUAUUUACUGUUUGGUCCACCUAGUAUAUUUCAAAUAUUAAUGGAAUCAACAAUAUAUUUUUUAGGUUGUCAUCAUGUCCAAGAAGGUCGUUGUGCUAAUGGAUCCAAUGGCAAAUGAAAACUGCUAUGUUUCAAAAGUGCAACACAACUUGCAGUAAGCGUGCCUCCGAAAACCAUUUUAACUUCACAUAAGCUUUAAUAAACAAGUGAUUCCAUUUAUUUUAUUUUUCAAUCUGUUACUUUUGUCAUAGUAUCUUCUUGCGGAUGUACAAGCCGGAUGAACAGCCAGAUCAAUGGAAAACAUGGAUAAUGUACCACAACAACCAGCAGGAUUCCACUAGCUGUGGAGUUUUAAUCUUGAUGGUAAAAAGUUUUCUAACAUAGUAAAAGCCACUCAUAACAAAUGCGAUCUGCAAUUACAAAUGUGAAUUAUUUUACAGUUUGCCAAGGAGUUCCUACGGACACGAACAAUCAGUGAAGUGAAGACCUCUCCGGAAUAUAUAAGGGAUGCACGAAUGGAAAUAGCUUGUGCCUUACUCCAGUAUAAAGGUCAGCUCUCACACAAUGCAUGA